GUGGAAGCUUGCAGCAUCGCAGUAGUUGGCGCAACGGGCGCAGUGGGGCGCGUCUUUUUGGAUGUGCUCGAAGAACGCAAUUUCCCCGUAUCUGAUAUCCGCCUGUGCGCCUCGGAGCGCUCGGUCGGCAAAAAGCUGAAGUGCAUGGGUGAAGAGAUUGCGGUCGAAAUGGCGACUCCGCAGUUGUUCAGUGAAGUUGACUUCGUGUUCAUCUCCGCGAGUGGCGAUGUCAGUCGCGCGCUCGCGCCCGUAGCGGCGAAGCAAGGCGCGGUCGUCAUCGACGACAGUUCCGCGUUUCGAAUGGAACCCAAUGUGCCUUUGGUCGUUCCGGAGGUCAACGGCAAGGAUGUGGAAGACCACAGGGGCAUCAUAUCCAUCCCCAACUGCUCCACGACGCCGCUCGUGAUGGUGCUCAAGCCCCUCAUGGAAGUCAACCCCGUCAGGCGCGUCAUCGCCGACACAUACCAGUCGGUCUCCGGCACGGGAGCGGCGGCAGUCGAAGAGUUGCGCGUGCAGUCAAAGCAGCUGACGAAUGACGACAGCCUCACCCACCACGAUCUGACACCGCAUGCCUACCCGCAUCCCAUCGCCUUUAACGCCCUGCCCCACAUCGAGCCGUUCCUCGAAAAUGGCUACACGAACGAAGAAAUGAAGAUGGUGAACGAGACUCGCAAGAUUCUCCACGCGCCGGACAUCGCGGUAUCGGCGACAUGCGUGCGAGUGCCCGUAAUGCUCAGCCACAGCGAGGCGCUCCACAUAGAGUUCGAGAAUCCCAUCAGCCCCGGGGAAGUGCGCGAGAUUCUUGCCGAUUUCCCCGGCGUCAAGGUGGUGGACGACCCGCUUGCUAAUGUGUAUCCUAUGCCCAUCGAGGCGGCAGGCCGCGACGAGUAUUCGUCGGGCGCAUCCGACAGGAUGUAUCGCAUCCCAACGGCAUCGCAAUGUGGGUCGUAA